CUUCUGCUUCCAACAUCUCACGAACACUCUCACUCUCAUUCUUCAGGACAGCAGUGCAUGCCAUGAUUUCCUCGUGAUCCUUUCCUGCCAUGGCGGCUGAUCCGGCGCAUCCCCUCACACCGACCCAGCCUUCCAGUCAGGUCGAUGCGCACAAGCGCCAUCCGCACACGCACGCGCAGACAACAGCACAAGCCAAACCGCACGCCAUGGCGCACAGUAAAACCCGAUUCGAAGCUCUCAAGCUCCAGCCUCCGUCUCUCCCCGCCGGCGCUUCCCCUUCCCUUUCCCCGUCCGCCGCCGCUUCCCCUUGUGACGGGCCCGUUCCCGCUGCCGCCGCUUCCGCCAUGAAACCCGCCGCGGAGCCCGUGCUGAUUGUGGACAAAUGGCGGGCUGCGAUUCGCUGUUCCAGCCAUGGCGCGGCGGACGCGCUCGGGUGCUCCGCGGAGAGACUGGCCGACGGCGCAAGUAUUUACGAGCUGGCGGAUGGAAUGGACGCAGCUGAUUGGUCGAACGCUGUGGGGUCCCUGUCGCUCGGCGCGCUGUGGUCAGCCAUCGAGUUUUGGCUGCGUUGCUCCGAGUGCUCCGGUCCGCUCAGUCGCCAUCGCGUUCGCCUCACUCUCCAGCGACUCCGUGCGACAGCAUGCGACCGUUUCUUGCUUGCGACGCUGUCGCCCGCCGUCGGCGUGUGCUCGUCCGUCGAGGUCUUUGCAGGCGAGACGGAAGCCGCGGCCGACGGCCACCUGGCUCCGCCGCAUCUCCGCCAUCUCCUCGCGCCAGCGCAACUUUCCGCUCCGCUAACCCCGACCGGCGCAUACCCCGCGAAGAAGAGUCCGCCGAGCAAGGAAGACUCGGCGCGCAGCUCACGGUCUUCGCAGGCGACACGAGAGAAUGGCGCGGCGCGAACCGACGCGAGCCGCGGCGGAAUCCACGGUCCCCCUCAGCCGCCCCUAACUCGAAAGAGCGGGGAAAUUUCCUGCGUGACCCCCGCCGCUGCGGUCGCCAGCAAUUCCUGUGUUACUGCAGCGCGGAUCCACUCUAAUAACGAGGGUGACUGUAAGGGGGAUCAGCAAGCUAGCCCUUCUUCUAAAGGAAACCGUUUCAUGCGUUCGAUCUCCUCUCUUCUCGCGUCGCUUAGUCCCAAGCUCACUGUCCGUUCCCCGCCAGCGUCACCCGAAACCUUCGCGAAUGAGCCCGCGGCAUCGCCGUUACCUGGUAACCGGCCCACUUUGACGCCCGGUCGUUCGCCAAUCGCCAGCAAGUCCCCGAAAAGCCCUCGUACUGCGGCGUGUGGCCGCCACGCGCCGAACCCCGCACACCCUCCCGCCACGUCACGCGGGCGGUCCGCCGCCGCCGUCGGCGCACCAGCACCUGUGCCUGCUCCUUUGUCAUACGCCCAAAUCCCUAAGAGCCACACAAGUCCCCCGACAGUGUUUAAGGACGGGGAGGUUAAGACUGGGGGAGUUAAGAGCAGGGGAGGCCUUCCUAAGAGCCCCAGCGGAAUCGGCGCCGGAGGAAGCGGGGGACGCCAGCCGAAAAGUCCAAGCGGGGAGCGCGCAAGUGGGGAGCGCGCAAGUGGGGAGCGCGCAAGUGGGGAGCGCGCAAGUGGGGAGCGCGCAAGUGGGGAGCGCGCAAGCGGGGAGCGCCGUCUGAGAAGUUCAAGCGGGGAGCUUGCGAGUGGCGGAGGGGGAGGCCUUCCGAAAAGCCCCUCCGGAAUCGGCGGUGCGAGUGGCAGCCAAUCGUGCAACGAUCGGUCGCCUGUCAGCGGCAGCGUCGGCCGUUACAGCAGGGGAAUGACGCCGGCUGCGGCGGCGGCCGCGACGGCAAUUGCGCGGGUUGACGCGGGUGGCGGAAGCAGCGGGAGGAACGGCGGGAGAAACGGCGGGGUGGGACCGAGACCCGGCAGUAGCAGCAGCCAGAGCGGGAGAACCGCGCGCGUGGGUACGCCUCAGAGUAGGGGGAGCACGCCGCCGCAACUGGGCGCGUCGAAGAGCUUCGGCGGAGCUUGUUACAUCGGCGAAGCUGGUUACAUGGGCGGAAUGGUUUCGCCGGUCGCGCAGGCGACGACGACUUGCCGGCGAGGAGGCAAUUUGGUCUCCGCCCGACCGAGCGUGGCAAACGGAGGCGUGGUUUGCAUAAGAGUGAACGACGACGGACCUGUAACGCGUACAGGCAGCAAGAGUAAAACGGUGAAGCGCAGCGCUAGCGCGAAUAGCGGAAACGGCUCGCGGAAUACCCCUGGUGCUCUGGCUGUAGCGGCGGCUGUAGCCGCAGCAGCUGGGGGAACCGGGGGGAGUGCGGGGAGCGGCAAGGCGGGGGGGAGGUUGCUCCGCGCAUCUGCUUCUGCAAGUCACGCGGAAACAGAGAUCCAGGUCAGGCGUUCCGCCAAAGCAGCAGGUUCGGCGGGGGAGGAUCACGGCGUUGACUCGCUACGAACUUCGUGGCGAGGUUCGGAACAUGUGGUUCGGAAGAGGCGGGGUCUGCGCCCGCUGCAUCUUGAAAUCCCCGCGUGCGCGGAAGAGAACGAAAUUAGGGUUGCGGAAACCUGCAGAGCGAGACUGGGCGGGCUGGAGGUUGUGCGGGAGAUGGGCGAGGGGGACAAGGGGGAGUUGGGCUGGGGGUUGCGCGGAGGUAAGAUUUCCGCCAAGGGGGAUUUGGGUCCGCUUACCCCUGGUCGCUUGAUGAUGCUGGAGAAAUUUGGGCUGGCUGCGGGGGGGUUGGCGGAGAGACGGGCGGAGAGAAAGGCGGGGAAAACUGCGGAGAUGAAGGGGGAAAGUACGGCGAGGGGGGAGGGCGAGAGAGGCUGGGGGAAGGAAAGAAAUGGGGAGACGCGCAGGAGGGUUGCGCCAGUAGGGGAGACACGGGCGAAUGAGAGAAAAGGGGAGCCGAGGCGAGGGCGGGUAAGAGAAGAGUCAGACUUCGGUAGAUGUAGAUAUGCUGGAGAGGAGAAGGGGGGGAGGAGGAUUGGGGGCCGAGAGACGGAGUGUGAGGGAAAGGGCAGGGAGGAAUGUGGAGAAAGGUGGAGGGAAAAUCGUGAGGGGAGGUGCAGAGGAGAGUGGGAAGGAAGGGAAGGGAGGCAAGGGCUGCGGGAUAGGGAGAGGAGGGAGUGCUUGGAUGAUGAAAGUGAUGAGGAGAGAUGUAGGAGGAGACGUGAGUGUUCAAGUAGCAAGGGGUAUUCUGGUAGGGAUGAGUGCUUUAGCAGGGGUGGGGAAGAGAGAAGACAGAGAGAAUACGGCUGUGCAUGGGAGAGGGGGGCAUGGAAUGAUUUGUAUAGCAGCAGCGAGAGGGAAAGAGAGGGUGAGCGAGAGGGGCAGUGGAGGAGACAGAGAGGAGGAAAGGAAUGUGGGUACGAGCCGUGGGGAAAGAGAGAUUUGAUUCGGCAUGCGAGCGACACUGGGAGGGGGCGUGCAAGUAGGUUACACAGAUGGGACGAGGAGUGGGAUGAUGAGGAUGAUUGGAGAGAGAGGGAUGGCGACUUUGACCGAGAUGCUUAUCGGAGCUACAGUACAGGUCGUGGGAAUCUGGCAUACGGUAAAGAGACAGCUUAUAGUGAGCCGUCUGAUGGUGAGAGCGGCCGGCAGGAGGGAAAAGGGAGAAGGGGGGGAGAACGUGAGGGUGGUUGUGGGAAGGAUCGUGGGUGGAGCAGCCACAGGAGUGAGAGUGAGAGUGAAUCGGCCAGUGUGGAGGAAACGAGAGAGAGAUACACUAGCAGGAGGCGAGGCAGAGAGAGUGAAGACAGAUCUGAUAGUUCUGAUGACUCUGCUGACUCUGAGGGCUCUCAUGAGUCAGAAGAGAUACUUAGAAGAGGCAGUCGAAGAGUCAGAAUAGAAGACUUAGAAGAGGCAGUCGAGUCGAAGGAAUGCGCCUGCCAUUCCUUCCAAGGAAAAGGUGGGACCUAUGACACGUGUGAAGACGCCAGGGAGGUUGAGGAUUUGGAGGGUUUGGAAGUGGAAAGUGAGGAGGUUGAGAGCGAAGGGGAGGGAGACAGGGGGUGGAGGAACACCAAAGGUGGUGGAGAGAGCUCAACGGAGAGUAGGGAACGGGAGGCACAACCAGGCAGGGGAAAUGUGGAUUUUGUGUGCCGAAACAGGGUUGCAUUGACCAAUGCUUAAAACCCUUCUGAAUAUUGUUUAUGUUAUAUGCAUUUCGUGUGGAGAACACGUUUACGAGUAGUCCAUAUCGUAUAGGGA